UGCUUUUCAUUCCUAAUGGCGACCACAGCCGACAAGCCGGCAACAGCAGGGCUCACUGGAGGGACUCUAGCCGAGUCCUUUAGAGUCUCCCGUACCAUAUCCAGCUUUUACACCGGUGGCCGUAUUCUUCACGGUGUGGGCUCGGGCAAGAUCUAUGCCCUCUGUUCGGAAGGGGUACGUGUAGUGGACCCGGCCAGCGGAGAAGUUGAAUGCGAAAUUGAAGUGGAAAAUGAUGGUAUCACCACAUUUGCUGUCUAUGACACCAAGGACGCCGCCCUACGUCGGGCCGAGGCUCAGGGGUCUGGUGGGGAGGUGGUGGCUAUGAUAAUCACAGCGGGCCGGUCCCAGCUCCUACGUCAUUGGCUCAUCAGGAGGACCACUUCGGACAGCAGUGGUCUCAAGCUCCAGGCCCAGUUGCUUAGGAGUUGGGCCUCCUCACAAAGUGUGGUCACCUGUAUGGACUUCGACACCUCUGGAGGGCUGUUGGUCACUGGUGGCGUCGACAACAGCGUUAAGGUGUGGGAUAUCCCCGGCUAUUUCUGCACCCACCACUUGCGGGGCCACAACGCUCCAGUGUCACACGUACGGUUUCUCCCCAGCCAGGCCAGGCUUGCCUCGGUCAGCGAAGACUUCGAAAUACGGGUUUGGGAUUUGGUCCAGGCCGCCGCAGCAGCAGCAGGUGGUAGUAGUGGGAAGAAGGGUGGCCCACAGUGUCAGAUGGUACUACGUGACCAUCAAUCCUCCAUCACUGCACUGGAAAUCGGAGGCCCACACGGAGAGACCCUCAUCUCGGCGGGCAAGGACCAGAUGGUCAACUUCUGGGACGUUACGGUCCACAAGGAGGAGGAGGGUCGGCGGGAGAUCACUCGGAAGCCUGCUCAUGUCCUACCUGUAUUCGAGGCCGUCCACGCGAUGUGUUUAUUGCCUAACAAGCUCCUGGCCGUAGUAGGGGAGGAAGGUACGGUGAAGCUGUGGGACCCCAUACGUCGGCAUACCUUUGACCAGAGCAAGGCAGCUGAUGUCGGGGUCACUGGCUGCUUCAUACAUGCCUUUUGGGUAUCAUCCAUAGGUGAGGAGGGCCACCUUUGUACGGUCGGGGAGGACAGGACCUUGACCAUGUGGAAGGUCGACACCACUGAAGGGGAUCAGCCACAGCGUUAUAGUGAUGCCCGACUCGAGUGGGAACGGCAGGUUAUGGGCGACCUGGACGAGGUUAUAUCCACUAAGUGGAUAGGAAAGGAUAAGGUCAUUGCCAGUUUCAAUGACUCCAACCCUAGAGUGGUAUCGGGUCUCUCGCCCGACCCCAAGUCCCAGAUCUCCACUGUGCCCUUGCCUGGUCAUGAAGGGACGGUCCUGACCAUCGCUGUUGGUGGUCCUGGCGGCAAGCAUGCCCGAGAGGAGGACGACGCCCUUUAUGCUCUUACUGGGUCUAAGGACCAGACCGCUAGGCUUUGGGACCUUAACACCAACAAGUGCCUCGCUGUCCUUAAGGGUCACACUGGAGCGGUCACUGGAGUGGCCCUGAGUCGUCGGCGACCCGGCCAGGCUUUCACAUGCUCAGAGGACAAGACCGUCAAGAUGUGGGAUAUUGCCAACGUCCUCAGUGGAGCAGGAGGGGGACCAGUGGAGGUAGGUUGGUCCGCUAUGUGGGGGGGCCUCCCGAUAAGCUCAGCAGUAGCCACCGUGGUGGCCCACUUGAAGUCGGCCAAUGACGUCCAGUGUGCCCCCAAUGAUAAGCUCAUAGCCUCGGCGGGCCAGGACAAGCUGGUUAAAGUGUGGAGGGUGGGUGCUGCCGGCAGUCUACAGAAGUUGGAGUUGGCAGGGACCUGUACGGGCCAUCGUCGUGGUGUAUGGGCGGUCGACUUCUCCCCAGUGGAUAAGGUCCUGGCCUCGGCCUCGGGGGACUCCUUGGUGAAGUUGUGGAACCUAGUGGACUAUACCUGUAUAAGGACCUUCCAGGGCCAUGAACACGCCGUCCUUAACGUCAGCUUUAUUGGCCCUUUGGGUAUGCAGUUGGUGUCGUCUGGUGGGGAUGGUCUGGUCCGCCUUUGGCAAAUUAGGACCAGCGAGUGCGCGGCUGUUCUGGAGGGACAUGAUGAUAGAGUUUGGAGUAUGGAUGUGAAUGCCUCGUCGAACUGUCUGGUGACCGGUGGUGCUGAUAGCAAGCUCCUGCUAUGGGAGGACUGCACCAAUGAGGAGAAGGAGAAGACACAGCAAGCAUCGGCUGAGGCGGCCCAGCGAGACACACGUAUCCAAAUGCUGUUACUACAAGGCAACCACAAAGAGGCCCUGGACCUAGCCCUGAAGCUCAGACGGCCUGGGUUGAUGAAGACCGUAUUGGAGGACCAUGCGUGGAAGUCCCUGACGACCGCCAUGGAGGGCGAGGAGGCCCCUAUGGACCUGGACAUUGGCUCAUGGGUGGAGGGCCUCAAGGAGGAGGACCUAGAGGCUUUGGUCGAUGUGUGUGGGAGGUGGCAGACUACAGCCAGGAACUGCGACUUGGCCCACUCAGUUAUGAACGAGAUAUUCAAACGGUUACCAGCAUCUCGUCUGUACCGUAUUGAGGGCAUUGCGUCCUUCCUGGACUCAUUCGUGGCCUAUGGUGCGAAGCACCUUCGAAGGUUGGAGGCCCACACCUCCCGAGCCUUCCUGUGUGAUGGUAUUCUGGCCAGUGUUGGUUCUACCAACGUCUUACCAGAACUGUCUGAGCGGCGCAUGAUAGACAUCAUCACCGAGGACCCCAAGGAGCCCUCGGCUAAGCGACAGCGGCCCCAGUGAGGUGGCAUCAGCCCUCACAACGUAUCCUUAACGUAUGUUUCUUUACCAGAAGGCUCGUCAUCACUGACCAGUAGAGUUC